CCUUUCCAAGUGGCAUAAUUGCACUGCAUCUGAAAACAUGCUGCUGUCAGUCUUCAAUAUUUUUAUAUAAAAUUUAACCCCAGUUCUUGAGAAUUUUAAGUGAAAUGUCUGAUGUAAUACAAAAUGACAAUGGCCCCGAGGUGAAAAAUGGGUCAGGUUUGGAAGAAGAAGUUGAAAUUAAAAAAGAAUCCGUGCAUGAUGACGUUGAAAUGAUGGAUGAUUCUGAUCAUGAUGAAGAGGAAUAUGAAGAUGAAGAACUUCAUGAAACUGAGAAUAACGUAGCAGAUGGACAAUUGCCAAGUAGCAAUCUAAACAAUGGUGAAGAUGUCAACGGAGAAAAUCAACCUGAAGGAUUGCUGGGUUACAAAUACAAAACUGUGCUCAAACAUGUUUCCCCGAAGGCAUCAACAGAGCCGUUACCCGAGGGAUGGGUAGUUCUAACUCAUACAACUGGUAUCCCGUUAUAUUUACACAAGAAGACUAAAGUUGUUACAUUGUCGAGGCCGUUCACUUUGCUCCAUGGUUUUGUAGGGAAACAUAAAAUAAGACUUCAAAGUAUACCGUGUCUAUAUUAUAAAAAAAAUUUAGAAAAAUUAAACGAAUUGAAAAGUAAUGUGGAAUCACAGAUUCAGAAUUCAAACGAAGACACUGAGCAGGAAGAUUUGGUAAAAGGAAAGCAGGAGCAGAAUGCUAACGGAGAUAUAGCUUCAGAUGACAAAAGUCAACUUGAUGGUGUCUCUCAACCUAAAGUUAUUCUUCACGAUCAAAGCGACAUGUGCGUUGAAGACAAAGAAUUAAAAGAAUAUUUAGAAAAACGUUUUGUAUUUGAAACAUUAAAAAUACCACGAUUUAAAAAGUGGUCACAACGUCGAGACUUUACCCGAAAUAUGCGAAGAAAAAAAUUGGAAGAAAAUGAUGAAAAUGAUUCUUCAAAAGAUGUAGAUGCUGAUACCGGAAAACCCGGGACCGGAAAACUUAUCACGUUAACAGUUGAGCAAGAGGUAGGCCCUGAUGGUACAACCAGAAAUCGAAAAUUCGUUUUAAAUACUAACGGAAAACCAAUGGUUUGCAUUCUUCAUGAAUAUGCACAAAGAGUUUUGAAAGUGCAGCCCAAUUAUAUUUUCAACACUCGGGAAGAUUCUGCCGAACCAUUUGAAACAGUGAUCAAGCUGAAUGGAAAAGUAUACGGAACCGCAGUUGCGAUUAAUAAAAAGACAGCCAAAAAUAAAGCUGCUCUUGCUACUCUAGAAAUGCUUAUACCAGGAUUUAAAGGACAAGUAGAAGGCGCUGCUGAAACUCCAGAUAUGGCAUAUUUCAAUGACGUUUUGAUUACCGAUUCCAGAGUCUACGAGUUAUGUAUACAUACUGGACAGUUACUUCCAUACCAAAUGCUUACUGAGUGCUUAAAACGAAACCAAGGCGUCACAGACACAACAGUAAGUUACGACGUACAGCAGGGAAAAAGAAGAUCGUUAAAUUAUACUAUGAAAUGCGGAAUACACGUUGUCAGCGGAGUCGCUAAAAACAAGAAAAUUGGAAAACAAAUGGCUGCUCAACAAAUCUUACAAUUACUGCACCCUGAAAUAAAAACAUGGAUGGAAUUGAUUACCUUAUACGGAGCUUCACUCGCCCAAGAACGAGCUCGAAGAAAACGAGAGGAACAGGAGAUUUUUGAUCUCAAACAAAGACGAGGAAAUAUAGUCGAAGAGAAGCAGGAAGAACCAAGUACGAGUAAACAACAACAGAAAAGCGAAGAUUCUCUCGAACCUAACCCAGAAUUGCUCGCUAAAUUACAAGAAAUGAUGUUUAAAUUAGAAUCAGAUAGAGGGAAGAGGAAAGCUGAUAAUGAUAAUGCAUUGACAGCGAAAAAAGCAAAAUUGACGCCAAUGGAAGCAGCAGUUGCAGCAGGAAAAGGAAUGCUUAAUAUACCAAUAGAAAUGGAUUUGAGUAAAUGAUUUUGAGUAAAAACAAUCAUAUAACACUUUCAAAAUGUUGCAUUUAUGGCUAUUUACUUAGUAAAUAGAUUCAUAUUAGUUAAACAGAAUAUUGUACUCUACUAUGUAGUGAGGUAUUGGGUGCUUAUUUCAUAACUCGAUCUCCUAGUAUCAACAGUAUAUUGUAAUGAAUUUAUUUUAAACUCUGUCGAAGUAGAAUAUUUUAGCAAUCAUAGAUAGAUGCUUAUGUAUCGAACAUGUUUCACCGAACCUGUGAAUCUGAUUUUACAAUGGUGUAUGUAGGCUAAAUUUUUCACCGUCAAAAAAAAAAGAUUUUUAUGAAAAUAUUAUAUAAAACGCUCUUUUCGGUAUACAUGUCAUAAAUUAUUGACUGACAGCUCCAUAAUUCAUUGUUGUUUUCUUGGAAUAUAUAUGCGAACAUUUCAGAUUUGUUGAUUUUUUUACUUAAUCGUUCCAUAUUUUUAGGUAUUGCAAACUUAUCAUUGAUAAUGGCUUUUUUCGAAUGAGGAUCCGUAAUCAUGUCUUUUUAUUUCUAUGUAUGUGAUUAUUCGUUUUCUGUAUUCAAACCGACUUGAAAUAGCGAUGUCUGUAUUUGAAAAUUUAUUUUCUCAAAUUUCUGCCUUGCAAUAUUUUCAAUGAUUUUGAAAUCAAAUCAAAUUUUACUCAGAAAAUAGUGGAAAUUUUCCAAGGAAAUAAUAAUAAUUUCGAAUAAAAGAUUUUUCGAAAUACUUCGUAAAUCUAAUUAGAAAGAAAGAUUUGCUCGUAUUCAAGGAAAUUUCACUGAAAAUAAAGAAAUUUCAUGAUCUAAAUUUCCAAUAAAUGCCUUUUUCGCACAAGAUUAAUUUCAAAUUUCAAUUGCACUAUUCUUAAACCUGAGUACAAUACAGUAAGAAUAUCCUGAGUUACUGAGGUAAUUGGUUUUUCAUGAAGAUUGCCAAAUUAAGAAUGCUAUUUAUAAAUUUUUCUUCAAAAUGAAAUAAGAUGGGCUAAUUACAUUACAUACUGUAAUUUACAUCUUAAGGCCUAGUUAUUUCAAUAAAUUUCAAUUUG